AUGUUGUGGGUCGAAGACCCGGCUGAGAUCUGCCCGUCUGGGGUCUGCGUGCUGGAGGUCAGCCUGCAGUUCCUGCGCCUCCCCUGGUGGGCGUCUCAGUGCCCGCAGGACAGCUCGCAGCCGGGCUCGGGGUGUCAGCUGGCUGGCCGGGCUGCGAGGACACAUGGGGACACAGGAGAGGCUAGAGGAGGCGGGGCAGGUCCUUCGGGGCCUCGUAGAUGCCGGAAGGACGUCCUCGGCUUGUGUGUAAACAGCGGGAGGCGGGGGUGGGGGGGUGCUGUGACCGGUGCCAGGACCGGGCCUCAUUGUCCUGAGGUGGAGCUGAGAGCCUGUUCUUUUUCCUGCGAAGGGAGCUGCUCCCUAAAAAGAGAGCCUCCGUGGGGGAGGAGGACCUCGCUUCACGCCCCUCCCUCCCCUCCCCCCCCACUGCGUUGUGGGGGGAGCGCAGGGCAGGCACCCUGCCAGCACCCAGCAGACUGGGGCUGGGCAAGGGUGGGGAGGGCCUGUGGGUUCCCCAGGGCCCAGCUCUCCCGGAUCCAGCAGUGGCCUUGCCAGAGGGUGUCCCGUGACCUCCCAGGUCUGUCCUGGCUGGCCGAGGGUCAUCUUGGCUCUUGCGGGGGGGUGGGGGUGCCCUCUGAUCCUGGCAAGCUGAAGGCUGGUGUGGGGAGGGGUGGGCUGGGCCCGGCCCGCCCUGGCGUUUCUAGUGAGGCAGAAUCCAGGACCAAGGUGCACCAGCCGGUGGAGGGGGUUUCUUUUUAUCUUGCGGGGGCUGCAGCUCAGCGAGCUCCCCCUGGGCCACGCUGCUGUGUCACCUCCUGGGUCAGGAGGCAGGAGGCUCCCAGCGCUGGAGGGCCCAGCCCAGCGCGAGGGAGACGCUGUCUGCCUGCGGCAGCUCCGCUUCUUCCUGAGCUUCCCAGAACCGGAACCAGUCAUCGCUCAGCCCCAAAGCUUCUCGCGUUUUUAUGGUUCCGUGGAGUCGCUCUCAGUGUCACCUGGAGGCUCCUGAGGGUCUCCCAGGCCCUUUCCCGCCACUGCCUGAGCUUGCAGAAGCGUUUUCACAGCCACCGUGGUGUGUCAUUUGUGCCCCCUGCCCCCGGCCACAGGCUGAACAGAGACACAGGCCCCCAAGCCCUCCUCCUCCCUGUUCUCUGUGCUGGGAAAUCCUUUUUUUUCCCUUAUGAGGGCCACACCUUCGGCAUAUGGAGGUUCCCAGGGGAGGGGUUGAAUUGGAGCCGAAGCUGCCGGCCUACGCCACCGUUCACAGCGACGCCGGAUCCUUAACCCACUGAACGGGGCCGGGGAUCAAACCCGCAUCCUCAUGGUUGCCAGUCGGAUUCGUCUCCCCUGCGGCCCAUCGGGAACUCCUGACGUUCGGUCAUUUUUAGGGAGACGUUGUUUCUGUGAGCAGCUGAGACCUGGUCUUGAGAAGGUCGUAGAUGCACGUGCAGUUGUGCAAACGGACAGAGGGAGCCAGGGCGCCUCACACCCGGGUCCCCCCGUGGACUCCUCGGAAAAUGGUCCUUCGUUUCCACAAGCGGGAGAGCGCCGGAUGCCGGGCGUUGCCAGGACCGCUGGGUCCUUGUGUGGCCCCUUUACGGCCACACUCACGUCCCUCGCCCGACACCCUCCUCAACCCUCCAGCCGCCACCGGUCGCUCUCCAUUCCUGCCCCUCGUCGCUUCAAGAAUGCCGCGUAAAUGACUCAUACAACACACUGCAGCCCUGCGGACCUGGCUGUUUCAAACCUGAGUUUCCGUCGGUUCUCGGGGGUUGCUGUGCGUCAGGAGGCCCUCCCGUUAUUGCCGGGCGGCCUCCCCAGGUGGACCUGUGCUUUGUUCAGCCGGGUCGUUUCCAGCGUUCUGCUGUGUCCUGUUCCGAACACUCGUGCGCAGGAGAAACGCCGCCCAGGGACGCGAUGGCUGGGUGCUGUUGAGAUGCAUGCUUCGGUUUUUUUUGCCUUUUUGCCUUUGCUAGGGCCGCACCCCGUGGCACAUGGAGCUUCCCAGACGAGGGGUCUAAUCG